AUGACUGCCCCAACGUUCGACUCGGUAUCAACUGUCACUGUCAUCGGCGCCGGCCCCUGUGGUUGUGCUUUCGCCGCCGACCUGUCCAGCCGCGGCAAGUCCGUCAUGCUCUACGGCCACCCCGACCACCGCGGCGCCAUCCCCAUGAUCGAGGAGAACGGCGGCUGGCUCGAGGCUGACGGUGCGUUCGAGGGCAAGUACCAGAUCAAGACCACCAGUGAUCUCUACCUGGCCAUCCGUCACUCGCCCUUCAUCGUCACCACCGUCCCCUCCUACGGCCAGGACACCAUCCUCCGCACCCUCAGCCAGUUCGACCUGCGCAACCACACCCUCAUCAUCAAUGUUGGCAACUUCUUCUACCUGGCCGCCCGCCAAAAGGUCAACGCCCACGCCAUCCUCGAAACCGACAUCUCCCCCUAUGCCGUGCGUAUCACUGGCGGCAAGGUCUUCAUCAAGGGCGUGAAGAAGAGCCUCGCCAUCUGGGCCGAGCCGCCCACCACCCAAGUCGAGCGUCUGGACGCCGGCGCCGAAGCCAACCUCCGCCGCCAGGUCGAGUCCAUCUUCUCCCAGAACCUGGUCUGGUGCAAGAACCUGCUCGAGGUCGGCCUGAACAACGUCAACCCCGUCGUGCACUGUCCCGCAGCUCUCAUGAACGCCGGCUGGAUCGAGGCCACCAAGGGCGACUUCUUCUUCUACGCCCAGGGCAUGUCCCCCGCCGUCUCGCGCGUGACCGAGAAGGUCGACCAGGAGCGCCUGGCCAUCGGUCGUGCUUACGGUCUGGAAAUCAUCCCCAUCACCACCUACAUGAAUCAGAACUACAGCCACGAGUGUGAGCCCUUCGCCAACUACCACGAGUUCGCCGUCGGCUCUGUCAUUCACAACAAGACCAAGAGUGCACCCACCAGCAUGAAGCACCGCUACCUCCUGGAGGACAUUCUCUUCGGUAUGGUCCCCUGGUACGAGCUGGGUGUGAAAGCCGGUCUGCCUUCGCCCACCAUCCGCUCCCUGAUCGAGAUGGCCUCCGUCGUCAGCGGCUUCGACUACUUCGAGCAUGGCCGUACCCUCCAGUCUGCGGGCCUGAGCGAGGCAACCUCCGAGCAGAUCCUCAUGGCUCUGGGUGGCCCUUCGGACAAGGCACCCACUCGGGCCCUGCCUGACUCGCCAGUCAACAACUCCCUGGACUUGCAUGUUCCCCUCCCGACACCCCAGGCUGUCGCAUAA